AUGGAAGGAACAUUACCAGUAUUUGAUAAUUAUUGUUUUUAUGUACAUCGUUUAAAAACAAGAUCCAAAUUAAAUUAUAAAGCAAAAUUAGUAGAGAUUGCAAAAGAAUUACAAAACCCAUUUAUUAUUAGUUUAGGAAAGGAUAUUAGUGAUUGUUCAGAUAAAAUCGACGACUAUUUCUUUUCAACUAAAGCAAGAGAUUUAUUAAAUUUGGAUACAAAUGAAUUAAUACAAGCAGUCGAGGGUUAUAUGGGAUGUUUAGGUGGAAUUAUAGGUUCAAAAGUUUAUAUACCAACCGUUUCAGAAAAUGAUAUUAAUAAUCAAUUAGAAAAUGUAGAAUUAAAUGAAGAGGGUCAAGAAUGUAAUAAUAAAAAUAAAGGUAGUGAUAUCAUAAGAAAGAAUUUAAGAUUUAGUUGGACAACAGUGUUUGGUACAGAUAGAUCCAUUACAUCAAGUGAUGCAAUUGUCGAAUAUGCAAGUAUAUUAUUUAAUCUUGGUAUUUGGUAUCUUGGUUACUCUGAUUUUAUUGUUUCAAAUCGUUCUUCCCCAACUGAGGGUUUAGUAGAAACAGAUAGACAAGUCGUAUAUGAUUUCUUAUUAAAGGGUGCUGGCAUAUUUGACUAUAUUCGUACUAAAUUAAGACCAUUUUUAUCAUCCUCAUCAUCAAAGAGUAAACAAAGUGAAGAAAAAACAGCAGGAAGUGCUGAUGAAGAUGGUGAUCAACAACAAGAAAGAACAGAUACUAUCAAUGAAGGAAGUGAUAAAGCAUCAACUGAUUUUAGUGAUGUUAUGUUAAAGGUUUUAUAUUUACAAUGCAUUGGUCAAGCUCAAGAGCUUACCAUUGGUCGUGCAUACAAAAAGAAUACCAUCCAACCAAUCGUAAAAUUAUCAGUAGAAAUUGUAAACAUGUAUAAGGAAGCAAAAGAUUUAUUAAUCUCUCAUUUUAGUGAAGAUAAACUUGCAGAAAAUCGUGUAGAGAAAUUUGUAAAUUUUUUCAUGUAUAAAAUCUCACUUUAUCAAGCAUUAGCUCUUAACCAACAGGCAUUCCAACAAAAUGCAGCACAUAAAUAUGGUGAAUCGAUUGCAACCGCUAAAAAGGCUCAACAUCAAUUAAAACAAACCUUAUUCCUCAUCAGACCAUGUGUUUCAAUUACAUUACCACAAACAUCACUUCAAAGACCAACCAAUCAAUUAUCACCAAUUGUUGAUGCAACUUUAGCUCGUUUAGAAAGAGAAAACACUAUUAUAGGUUAUGAAGUUGUACCAUCUAUUGAUGAAGUUUCAGAACUCCCACAAGAAGGUACCAGACUUGCAAAAUCUCGUCCAUUAAAUAUACCAAAUGUUCAUAACUCUUGGUCCAAUAUUGAUAUACCCUCAGUUUUUAAUAAAGAUAAAAUAUUACAAGAAAGUGAUUUACCAUCAGUUAUUGUAAAAUAA